UCUGAUAUGAUUCAUGUUCUCAUAAAAAUCGUCAUCACAAUCUCCGUCAUCACAAUCUCUGUCAUCACAGUUUCCGUCAUCACAAUCUCUUUUACUGUGAGUGUGAUUUGUUGUAGCUACCUCAAGAACAAUGCCCGUCAAAUGGCUUUUGUAUUGGCAACCAAGUCAAGGGUCAACACUAGGCAGCUCAAUCCUAAAUGAAGCUACUGAAUGCAUAGAGAGCCUCAAUGGCGUCAAAGAAGGAGAAUGGAAAGCAACUCUCAACUACUACAAACCCAUCUUGAAAGAUGAGUCGAUUCAAACUGAGAUCCCUCGCGAAAUUGUAGGUAUUUCGCUUGCCGAGGAGCCAAGUAAGUGCUAUUUCGUCAUCAGGACGAAGAGGAUCAUCAUGGAGGCAGCUACGUCGUUUCGACAGAUUCUUGAGAGGCUCGGGUCUUACCAAUGCAAGCUCUCGUUUAACUUUGAAGGGUUUGAGUAUAAACUUGGUGAUUUUAGAAUGAGACUUGCUAAAGUUGUUCCUACUCAUGCCACUACCAUUAGAGGCAUAGUCUUGGAGGUUGAGUAUCUUCCAAUUUCAUCAAUGGAAGUGGCAAAACAAGUGAAGGAGGAGUUCUUGGAGAUAUGGAAAGAAGCUAUGUCGAAAAAGUCGUCGAGUGGUAAGUUUGUGAACGUAGACAUCAACUUUGAGAUGUUUGAUCUUGGAGACAUUUACACUCCACAGCACACCGCUGUUCGGUAUGCUUUCUUCAUGGCUCGUUUGCUUUCAGCGAUCUCAGCUGGGAGGUCCUAAACCAAAAAAAAGAAAUCAAGAUUUGUCUGAGUUUUGUUGUAUUGGUGAUUUUGGAGGUCAAAAACUCGUGAGAUUGGAGCAGAUUUUGAAUUUAGUUUUUGUUUUUUGUUUUUUUAGUUUGAUUUGAAUUGGGAUUAUGAAUUCUGUGUUUUUCAGUUUGACUUGAAUUGCGUUUAUGUUAUUUUAGCACAUUUUGGUUUUAUGAUUAUAAUUCUUGUUUUGUUGA